AAAUAAUGUUUCUGCAGCGGCUUUACAUCUCAGAGAGAAGCACCGUACAUUCCUUCGAUCAAGAAGGAAACGCAAAUAUUUGAAUAAAGCUAUUAACGGCCGAUUCUCCAAGAUGCUACAAAUGGUUGUUGCUGUCGCCCUUCUAGCUUACGGAGCUGCCGCUCAGGAGGUUCGUUUGGGCGCCCGCGUAGCCGCACAAUAUGAUGAUUUGUCCCAGCCCACUCCUUAUGAAUACGCUUACACCUCUGAGAACGAAGAGGGAUCACAUGGACACUCAGAGAAAUUCGACGGAACUUCUCGCGCCGAAGGAAAUUUCUUUCUGAAGCUGGCGGAUGGCCGCGAGCGUCAUGUAACCUAUACAGCCGAUGAAAAUGGCUUCCAUCCUGAAAUUCAGACCAACGAGUUGGGCACGGAAUCCAAAAAUCCCGCUGAUACUGUGUACAUUUCUUCUGCUCCUUCUGGCCCCGACGCCGCCAUUGAAGCUUACGGAGGACCUUUCCCUGAAUCGAUUGGACAGGGCUCCGUUGUGCGAGCUCCUGUGGCUGCAGCGCCUUUGACUCGUGCUCCAGCAGCUGCUAGCCAAUCGAAAUAACUUGCGUUACAUACAAAACACCGUUCAAACUUCUAGGGACAAUAUCACUGACUUAUAGGGGUUCUUGUAGACAAUUUUUUAACCUGGGUCCCCACAACAUCACGAUGAUGAGGCGAAACUACGAGUACGUAAAUCCAUAAAAUUAUAUUUCUUAGAGCACAACUAGCAGAAAAAGGUUACCCCAAAACUUUCGGACAGUUUAUCUCGCUGGCAAAACUGUUAUAUUAUGUAAAUUAUAUACGUAUAAUCCAUACGGAUAUAUAUAUAUCACGACGAUAGUGUUAUCUAUGCAAAUGAUUCUGUUUAAAGUGCCUACCAAAACAAUAUGACAGAAUACUCGGAUGGAUCCAUUUUCAUAUUGUAGUAAGUACAGAAGAAAAGGACGGAGAUAGCUAAAUAAACAAAAAAAAAAAGAUGGCUGCCGAAACUAUUGAUCUCGGUGGUCCUGUACUGUUAUUAUUAUAAGUGUCUGCCUCUUCUCAAUUUAUUUAGCGUUGAUGUUUGCUUUGAAAGGACUUCCUGCAGUUAAAAGUUAGAAGCUUAAUAAUUCCGUUAGACUUACCGACUCCUUAUGGGCUCGUCAUACUAACAUAUUUUAAAAGCCGUUUCUAUGUCGAAAUUGAAGCAUGUUAGAUUGUUUGUAUUUAGUUGACGAUGUAUAGCUAUCGUUUGAAUAACGAAAUUUUUAACGUAUAGGUUGUCUGAGAGAUCGUCACUGAUAAUGCUUUGGAUUAGAACGUGCCCUGUAUUGUAAAUUUUGCGACGGAAACGAGCGACCAACCAUCUAUCGAUUACUCGUAUUGAUUCAUUAGUAACCAAGAGACAGCGUAUCAAAGAGCACAUGUACGGUGCUCAAGGACAAAAGAUACAGGAGAAGCAAUACCAAUCAGCUAACAUCAACCGUAGGAAAUUUUUCAGCUAAACAGAUAGGAUCUGGUUCGGAUUUACACAGAGUUGUUUAAAUUUAUUUUUAGCUAUUGGCAGAAAAUAAUAUAAACAUAAAAUAAUGGCAGUGUUAAUCGCUCAGGAAAAAUACGGCGAUCAGUCUCACGGCGUUCGUAAUUAUCAAAAUAUGUCAAACGUGAGCUAUUUGAAUGGAAAACAAUUUCUAGGAAUAAUACUUAUUUCUUUUCCAGAAAAUGCCUCUUAACAUCGGUUUAGCAGUGUUUACAAGGCUAACAUUAGAGCUGAUCGUGUAAUUUGUGAAUCUCCAAUUAGCAUCAGUCUACAAACUUGAAAAUUCAAAAUCAGUUGAGCGUAAAAGACCAAAAACAAUACUGGAUAAGCGAUAGACUGUUGCUGAUCUAUUGAGUGCUUCAAUGUGUUUCUACGCUGGCGAGGGAUGCAUAAAUACCCCCAUUACAAAAACACUAACAAUAAAGAAGAAGCACGUAAAUUUCGUGGGCCUCGCUAUCUGAAAACUGCCUUUGGAAUAUGUUCCGUAAAGGUUUCAUGGGGUACAGCCCAACACAGCGAUGUUAUUAUGGUUUACAGUACCGAAUAUUGAAGAGUUUACAAAAAUGUUUAUACCGUUAACAUUGAAUGAUGCGGGAACAUAUUAGAUCGAUUAAGGAACAUGUGUUUAAGAUCGAAAAGCAGUAUAUAUAUAUAUAUAUAUUGCUAUAAGGCCUGACACAUUAUAGGAGAUCGUAACAUGAUUUAUAUAGACGCCUUCGAUUGAUGAAAUCCCACUUCGAUGGAUCACUAUUUAUUGACUAAUCUCCAUGUAAUAUACAAAAAGAAAAAAAAAAACCAUUCUACUAACUACGAGUUCUUUAGGAUAGUUUGCCAUCAACGAAUUGCCAUAUCGUCUUGUCUGAUAACUGUUAUCCGAAGCACAAUUGUAUUUACCGGGUGGAAAGGAAAACGAAGAAACGUUUCGAUGGAACUUCGAUAUUGAUACUUCAUGAGGUUAGCAUUAUUUCCGUCAAAUUCUCCGUUUAGCCACACCGCAACAUUUAGUUCUCGUCCAUUUUAAAUAUAAAAAGCAAAUAACGUCCAGAAAGUCAAAUAAAACAUUGCAACGAUAUAUUAUGUGUCAACUUUCACAGCUUAUGGACGCAUGAACCAGAGAUACUUUUGCCUUUCACAAGUCCUAUGAAGAACAGGUUUUUAUUGUCUAUACAAUCGCUUGUUCGGUCUUACAGAAAAUAUCGCAAAACAAAAAGUUAUAGUACACACAACACUUUGAUAAGUUGCAAUACGAAACGGCAUGAGAAUAAUACCGAUAUUUUAUAGUUGAAACUGAAAUUUUUAGGCACAAUGUAACGUAGAUACGGAUUAAGCAAUUACAUGUUCAGAUGUGAAUUUCCAAGUUAUCGCAGUUACCUUCUACCACACUGAAUCUGAUUGAUCCUUAGCAGUGUCAUCUUUGAACGAACACGUAUCAAAAUUUCAGUUGUGAAUGAAGUUAGUUCUCGGAAGUUUCGAGAGACACUUCUAGGUCUCAAUGAUAAAGAUGACUGAGAUCCGAAAAAGGAGCACUGGGCAAUUCGUCAGG